ACCAUUGUUGGGUUUUUUUAUGUUAGAAUAAUACACAUAAGAUCUCAAGAUACCAGGAGACUGAAGCCGGGGUUAGGUUUGGAUCGAUCAUGGCUCGAACUGUGGGGAGGAACGUAGCAGCUCCAUUGCUGUUCAUAAACUUGAUCAUGUAUGUUAUUGUCGUAGCUUUUGCUAGUUGGUGUCUUAACAGGUUCAUCAAUAACCAAACUUACCAUCCCAGUUUUGGAGGAAAUGGUGCAACCAUGUUCUUCUUGAUAUUCUCUAUACUGGCUGGAGUUCUGGGUGUAAUCUCAAAGCUGGCUGGAGCGAAUCACAUCAGUGCUUGGAGGAAUGAUAGCCUUGCUUCUGCUGCAUCAUCUUCUCUGGUUGCCUGGGCUGUCACUGCACUAGCCUUUGGGUUGGCUUGCAAGGAGAUACACUUAGGAGGGCAUAGAGGAUGGAGACUAAGAGUAGUGGAGGCAUUUAUAAUAAUUUUAACCUUCAGCCAACUGCUGUACCUUAUGUUGCUUCAUGCUGGCAUGUUUAGCAGCAGAUAUGGACCUGGAUACAGAGACAACUAUGGCACGUCAGCCGCCACGGCCGAGCCGGUGCACAAGGAGGGUGGCGGUGUGGUUACUGGUUCUAGGGUUUGAAGAAAUGGAUAUUUGAAUUUGACUAGUACUAGAAUAAUGUAUGUCUUUUUCCUUUGUGAUUUUCAUCAGUAGUCAGCUGUGUUUUAUGAUUUUGGACUAAUUUGGAACGUGUGUUACUGUUGGUCCAUUGUACUCUAUAUAUAUGUCACCCCUUUGUGUAAUUGGGGAAGAUGGUGUAUGGUUAAUGUAAUGUGUAUGUAAUGACUUUGUGGCUCUGCUGAUUGGUUUUAAUCUUAAGCAGUUAGCAUCA